AUGUCCCGCCCGUUUCCAUAUACCUAUAUCUCCUGUCCCUGUGCGGACACACCGGUCCUUGAUCCAGCCAGGAAGCGAAGGUCGAGGGAAUCGCCACAGAAGCCUCCCCCAGAGCGGGACACCGAAGCCAACGAAGGUCAGGACGAUGCGAAACAACCAGCCAACAAAGAUGAUGAAGAAGACGAAGAAGACGAAGAGCAGACGUUUGACCCGCGAUCACCACGGUCUAAUUUCUCUUUGUACCCUCCUGAACAACUUUUGUACUGCGAGGACUGCCACCAGAUCAAAUGUCCUCGAUGCAUAACGGAGGAGAUCGUGAGCUGGUACUGUCCCAAUUGCCUGUUUGAAACACCAAGCAGCAUGGUGCGUAGUGACGGGGGCCGUUGCGGGCGAAACUGCUUCAAUUGCCCCGUCUGUACAGCCCCGCUGGCUGUAAGUACCAUUGAAAAUGUCACUGGAAACGGUAAUGGUCAAGGUCCUUGGGUGCUCUCAUGUGGUUACUGCCUAUGGACGACACUUGAUAUUGGUAUCAAGUUCGACAAGCCCACCAAUAUCCGCAGCCAGUUGCAGAAGAUGACUGAUUCGACAACUGGACCUGCGUUUGACGCACGUUCGCGACAGGGAUCGCGCGCCUUUGGAGAUUUGAAGUCGCCUUUGUCUAACUUCGCAUCCGUUGACGAGCAAGCCAAUCCUAGCGAACGUGAUGCAGAGCAAUCUACUUCCAAGGAAGACCAGACACCUACGCCUCAUCUCGGCGCAGAAGCUCGUUUUGCUGCCUUGAAAAACUUCUAUCGCACACAGAUAUCAGAGACAUCGAAUUCACCCAGCGACUCUCUCGGCUCGGAGUUUGGAUUCUCCUCGCCUGGAGCACUGAACCGACUGAUGUCUCUGUACGCCUCUUCUUCACGACUGAGUGGACUGUAUGGCGGUACAAAGAAACCCAAAUCCAAGCCGCCGGUCAUGCGUGAAGCUCUCACUGCCACUGAGGGCCUUCGUAUUGCUUCGGGGGACGCCGAUUCGGCACUAGUCGAGCGCAUCGCUUCCCCAGAUUGCGGCUGGGACGGUGUCGCAUCACUCAUCCAGCGUACAGAGCAAUCGCCUGAUGUACGAUUCGUGGAUGAACUCCUCCCACUUCCAGUCCUCCUGCGCACCAAACGCGCCAAGCGCUGCAAGUCAUGCAAGCAUAUUCUAGUGAAACCCGAAACCAAGCCGCAGUCUACGCGCUUCCGUAUCCGCCUCAUCGCGUUGAGCUAUAUCCCCCUCCCGACUCUACGCCCUCUUGCUCAGCCUUCAGCAACCUCAGUCUCAGGCCUGGCUCCGACCCCAGAUCUGAAUGCACUUACCCCGCUUCGGCCCUACCAUGUCCUUCUAACUCUGAAAAACCACAUGUUUGACCCAGUUCGCAUCACACUUGCUACACCCUCCGUGACCCCAGGCAUUGUAGCAACCAAGGUUACCGUGCUGUGUCCACAGUUCGAAAUCGGUGCCAACAGCGACGUAUGGGAUGAAGCAUUGCAGAACGCGACCGCACCGCUCAGUGAUCGAAUCACAGGCAUGCGUGGCGGCGAGAAAGUUCCCGAGGCCGGAAAGGUCUGGGAAAAGGGCCGAAAUUGGACUACGGUUGUGUUGGAAGUGGUCCCAGGAACAUUGCCUGGUUCUCAGGCUGAAGAUGGCCAGGAAGGUGACAGUGAUAUCGCGGCGACAUUCCAGAAGGAUGAGGAUGUACUCGAGAUCCCUGUGUUUGUGCAUAUGGAAUGGGAUGCGGAGGCACAGCUUGAGCAGCAGAAUGUCGGGAAGGCGUCCAAGCCGGAUGAUCUAGUGGCUCGGGAAUUGGCUUACUGGAUGGUAUUGGGAGUUGGAAGGAUUCAAGCCUCUUUGUAG